CAAGAACUGUGUGUGAGAGCUGGUGUUUGGAUAAGAAGUGAAGAGCGAAAAUUCAAACGUCAAAAAAAAGACGCAGUAACAUCAUCAGACAACAAAGCCCCUCCCACCUGUGUGUGUGUGUGUGUGUGUGUGUGUGAGAGAGUAUAUAAAGGGCUGUUUCUCCCUCACUGAUCCACACUGGCUCCACAUCAUCAGAUCUUAACGCUUGCUGCUGUUUUCAUGGAAUAAACUUUACUCUGAGACGCUGCUGAAGAAACGUCUGUGUUUCAGGUUCAGAAAUGUUUCUGCUGAGUCAACACACAGGUCCCUUCUUCUUCUUCAUCAUCUUCAUCUCUACAGCAUUUGGCUCAGAAUCCAGUGUGGCGUACCCAGUCACUUGUGAGACCCGUGGAGCUGACCUGACGGAGGACGUGGUGGUCGUCCUGUGUCCUCCCGGCUGCAGUCAGGGACAGAUGUCUGUGUUUGGGACGGGGAUCUACGCGUCGGUGUCGUCGGUGUGUGGAGCCGCGCUUCACAGGGGCGCUCUGAGAGCAGCCGGAGGACCAAUCAGAGUCCACAAGCUGCAGGGACGAAACGACUACCUGAGCUCCUACGCCCACGGCAUCCAAUCACAACCUCUGACCCAGUGGAGCUCCUCCUUCAGCCUCACCAAGCCUGUUCAUGUUCCAUUGGAGUUGACCAGUAACAGCAGUACCACCACUCAACGACCAGUGAAAAAGCCAGUGAAGAAGCCGUCAGUGAAGAAAACUGUGAUUGGAGGAAACAAAGAUUGUCAGAUGGACAUCGCCAUGGUGAUGGACAGCAGUAAAAACAUUGGACAGCGAAGGUUCAACCUGCAGAAGAACUUUAUCAUCAAACUGGCGGCCAUGUUGAAAGUUGGACCAACCGGACCACAUGUCGGUGUGAUACAGGCCAGUGACUCUCCAAGGACAGAGUUCCUCUUGACAAACUACACUCAGCCUAAAGAGCUGCUGUUUGCCAUCAAAGAGCUGAGUUACCAGGGAGGAAAUACUAACACAGGUAAAGCGAUCAGACACGUGGCUCAGACCUUCUACCUGCAGGAGAGCGGCGGGAGGCGGGGUCAUCCCCGUGUCAUGGUGGUGCUGGUGGACGGGUGGCCGUCCGACGACCUGGACCAGGCGGCCAUGUUGGCCCGAGAGUCCGGCAUCAACGUCUUCCUGGUGUCUGUGGCCAGACCUGCACCAGAAGAGCUCGCCAUGGUGCGAGACAAGGACUUUGCAGCCAAGGCCGUGUGUAAGGACAACGGCUUCUUCAGCCUCGUCGUCCCCAGCUGGUUCAGCACCAACAAAUUCGUCAAACCUCUGUCUCAGAGACUCUGCUCGCUGGACGGUCUGCUCUGCAGUAAAACAUGCUACAACUCCGUCAACAUCGGUUUCCUCAUCGAUGGAUCUUCCAGCGUCGGAGACAUAAACUUUCAGCUGAUGCUGGAGUUUGUGACGGGAAUCGCUCAGAACUUUGAAAUCUCUGACAUUGGAGCGCGCGUCGGUGCGGUGCAGUUCACCUACGACCAGCGACUGGAGUUUGGUUUGUUUGAUUUCUCGAACAAAAACGACGCCAUCAACGCUCUGAAGAAGAUUCGCUACAUGAGCGGAGGAACGGCCACAGGGGGCGCCAUCAGCUACGCAGCACAGGAGCUGUUCAGCAGAGAAUCAGGACGUGGGCGGAACUUCCUCAUCGUGAUCACUGACGGUCAGUCGUACGACGACAUCGCCGCGCCGGCGCUGGAGGCACAGAAACAAGGCAUCACCAUCUUCUCUGUGGGCGUGGCCUGGGCUCUUAUGGAAGACCUCAAGUUGAUGGCGUCGAAGCCGAAGGACGACCACAGCUUCUUCACCAGAGAGUUCACCGGACUGAGCGAGUUCGUGCUGCCGCUGGUUCGAGGAAUCUGCCGAGACUUCACCGAGAACAACUGAGCGCGCAGACACACACACGCACGCACGCACACACACGCACGCACACACACACACUGUACAGACACACACACAU